AAAGCGGUAACUAUUAUUCCUCUUCAAUCUCUGCAACUUUUCUCUGUUUUAUUUUUUUCAAUAUAAAAAAUCCGGGUUUAUUUUCUGGAUGUGAUUUUUGUGGAAAUGUGCAAAAUUGAUGUGUUGAUUUGCACAUGAAUUGUCGGAAGUGGUUAUCUUGUCUUUUCUGAAUAAUGGGUUUCUCUAUUUUGAUUUCAGAAAGGAUCAGAUUUCGGGUUUUGUUUGUAUUGAUGUGAAGAUUUCCUUUGAGCUGUGGAGUCUUAGGUGACUUCUGGUUUGAAAAUGGAAAUGGCCAGUGGGAGUAAGUUGGAUGUGCAAACUUUAGAUGAGGGUUUGCAGCCUUUGCCGAAUGGGACUAUUGAAGACACUUUGCAGAGUGAACUGGGAAGGAUCUUGCAAGAGCAGCGAAAUCAGCAGUUUAUCAAUCGAGAAAGGGAUCUAAAUAUUUGUAGGAGUGGAAGUGCUCCUCCAACGGUUGAGGGAUCGUUAAGUGCUUUUGGCAGUCUAAGGAACUCAGAUUUUGGAUUGAUCAAUGGUAGGAGGAGCAAUAAUAAUGGACUUUUGACUGAAGAUGAGAUCAGAUCGCAUCCUGCAUAUCUUUCUUAUUAUUACUCACAUGAAAAUAUAAAUCCUAGGUUACCUCCACCAUUGUUAUCAAAAGAAGAUUGGCGUGUUGCACAAAGGAUUCAUGUGGGUGGAUCUUCUUCAAUCGAGGGAUUAGGGGACUGGAGGAAGAAUGUGCCAAUAAAUGACGUUGGUUCAUCUCUAUUUUCAAUGCAGCCAGGAUUUUCCGUGCAACAGGCAGAGAAUGAUUUGAUGGAACUGAGGCAAUCUGGUGGACGGAAUAUCUCUAGGCAGUGUUCAACCCAAUUGCUUGACAGACAGGUGGAUGCUUUAACAAGAAUGUCAGGUGCUGGUCUUGAUGGGAGGAGGCUGUGUUUCUCGGACAUUCUUCAGCAGGGAGGACUUGAGCAACCUGCUCCCCUGUCUAGCUCCAUGUUGCGUCCAGCAAGUCACAGUGCAUUUGGUGAUAUUAUGGAUUCAACUGGCAUUGUUGAUCGUGAGUCCUUUGAGGGGUUGCGUUCUUCAGCUUCUAUGCCUGGUUUGGUUGGACUUCAGAAUCAUGGUGUAAAUCUUUCUAAUAGUUUGGCAUCUGCUGUUGGUACUUCUCUAUCAAGGGUGAAAACCCCUGAACCACAGGUUAUUGGGAGACCUGUUGGAUCUGCAGUUCCUCAAAUGGGUAGUAAAGCUUUCUCUGCUGAGAAAAGUGGUAUUGGCUUGGGCAACCAGAAUGGUCACUCUUCCAGUAUGACUGAUCUAACUGAUAUGGUAUCUUCUUUAUCCGGGUUAAAUUUGUCAGGUGCUAGACGUGCAGAGCAAGAUAACCUUUUGAAAUCUAAGCUACAAAUGGAAGUUGAUAAUCAUCCUGAUGCUCUAUUUAGCACACCAAACAAUGUUAAUUUGGCCAGACAUAAAGAGAUUGUGACAAACCUUAACACCUUUGGUUCAAUUGAGCAAGUCAGUCUACUGAAAAAAACUGCUUCUUUGGCUAAUCUUCACUCAAAAAUGCAUUCUACUGGAAAUGCAGCAAGUUUGCCUAGUGUAGACUUCAAUGGCCAUGUUCCUAGUGCAUAUCUUGUAAACUCAAAACUGAAUGCUAUUUACAGUAAUAAUCUCGAAACAGCAUUGAGGGGUCGCAGAGAUGGACAAAGUUUAGAUGCACAAGGAAAUCAAGUUGGUCCUGAACUUCAUUCCAGAAUGCUGGACCCACACUUCAUCCAAUGCUUGCAGCAAAGUUCUGAUUACUCAAUGCGGGGGAUGAGUAGUUCUGGUGAUCCUUUUCAAAUGAGAAAUUUCUCUGAUUCUUCACCUGGAGACUUGGAAGGACUUAGGAAUGCAUAUCUUGAAACACUUCUUGCUCAACAAAAGCAACAGUAUGAACUCCCACUUCUGAACAAAUCUGGGCUUCUUAGUAAUGGGUUUGUUGGGAAUCAGCCAUAUGGUCUUGGCAUGCCAUAUUCAGGGAAAAAGGUUGCAAAUUCCUCACUUCCUUCUCUUGGAUCUGGAAAUCCACUGUUUGAGAAUGAACGUAUAGCACGCCUAAAUUCUAUGAUGAGAAGUUCAAUGGGAGGUUCGGCUGGUUCAUGGCAUGCUGAUAUUGGCAAUAAUAUGGAGGCAAGGUUUACUUCGUCCUUACUAGAUGAGUUCAAGAACAACAAGACCAGACCUUUUGAACUUUCAGAUAUUGUUGAUCAUGUGGUCCAAUUCAGCACUGAUCAGUAUGGUAGCCGCUUUAUUCAGCAGAAACUAGAAACAGCUUCAGUAGAAGAGAAGACCAGCAUAUUUCCCGAGAUCAUCCCUCAUGCUCGGGCCUUGAUGACUGAUGUCUUUGGCAAUUAUGUUAUUCAGAAAUUUUUUGAGCAUGGUACUGAGAGUCAAAGAAAGGAACUAGCCAACCAACUUACCGGUCAUGUUUUACCUCUAAGUCUACAAAUGUAUGGUUGCAGAGUGAUUCAGAAGGCCUUGGAGGUGGUUGAUGAGGAUCAGCAGAGUCAAAUGGUGUCUGAGCUCAAGGGUGCUGUAAUGAAGUGUGUACGUGAUCAAAAUGGAAACCAUGUUAUUCAGAAGUGUAUAGAGUGUGUCCCUCAAGAUAAAAUUCAGUUUAUUGUCUCAUCUUUUUAUGGGCAAGUUGUUGCACUUUCUACUCAUCCUUAUGGGUGCAGAGUUAUUCAGAGGGUUCUAGAACAUUGUGAUGAUCUAAAUACGCAACAAGUUAUCAUGGAUGAAAUCAUGCAAUCUGUCUGCACUUUAGCACAGGAUCAAUAUGGAAAUUAUGUUAUUCAGCAUAUCCUGGAACAUGGUAAACCACAUGAACGGACUGCUAUUAUCAACAAGCUUGCUGGACAAAUUGUCAAGAUGAGUCAGCAAAAAUUUGCUUCUAAUGUCAUCGAGAAGUGCUUGGCUUUUGGUACUCCUGAAGAACGUCAGAUUUUGGUGAAUGAAAUGCUUGGUACUUCUGAUGAGAAUGAGCCCUUACAGGCUAUGAUGAAGGACCCUUUUGGAAAUUAUGUUGUGCAAAAGGUUCUCGAGACUUGUGAUGAUCGAAGUCUUGAGCUGAUCCUUUCCCGCAUCAAGGUUCACUUAAAUGCACUCAAGCGAUAUACUUAUGGCAAACAUAUAGUUUCUCGUGUUGAGAAGCUCAUAACCACUGGAGAAAGGCGCAUAGGAUUGUUGGCCUAAUUUACUACAGCCUCAGGCAUCCAAUGAAGGUCUUGAGGACAAGCAGUCCUCCUGUCACUUGGUUAAGGUCUUUCUUUUGUACAGCUAACAUGGAUGUUAAUAUCACCAAGUUUCCUCUGCAAGCUUUACCUAUUAUAUAAAGCCUUGGAGAUAAACAAGGUCAAUUGGGCCCCUGGAAUAAUUUUUUUUUUUUUUCACUUUGCUUGAUUUCGUUAAUAUCACUUCGCAGAAAAUCUCCAUAAGGAGAUGUUUAACUUAGGAUGUCAAGAUUAGAAUUACGGCAAUGUGUAUUUAUUGUGUAUGUAUAUGAGGUCCAUUGUCUGUAAAGAAAAUAAUGGUAAAUGAUUUAUUGCAGUAACCACCAGAGUCAUUAUUAGAUCAGGCUCUAAACUUCUAUUUCAUGUAUGUAAAUAAUAUGCUGCAAGCUUCUUGGGUUGCUCU